GUUUAUAUUGAAUUACAAUAAGAGCUUCUCAAGUAAGAAUCAACGUAUCAAAAGCGAUACUCGAAGGAGUCAUUGUUAUUUGCGUAGAUCGGAAAUUGCGUCGGAAUGAGCUACGAAGGAGUGAGAGGGUAAGAAUACCUUGUACCUGAGCUCGUACCUAUCUAGCUCAAUCUAUGUACUUACUCUGCGUACGUGUGAGUAAUUAUCAGUUGGGUAUUUAACAGAAAAAUUUUCACAACGACCCCGAAAAUUAGGAAAUCCGUUUACUCCACGCUGAGAAAGCCCUGGACGAUGUAAUACUGUAUAGGUAAUCGAAUCAAAGAAAGAGUUACCUACCAGACACUUUGUUCCUAUGAUUAGCUUUAUUCGAUGACUACCGUUUUUAAAAAAUUAAAUCAAUUAUUCUUUCUAUCACGUUCGGUACCUGCUGUUCGAGAUUACGAUGAAUGACAGUUCGAGAAGGACAUAUAUCUUUGUAAUUAACGACUAAAGAAAUUCACACUUUAUUAACAGCUGACUGGGUAAUGGUAAACUUUUUCUGCAAGAAUUACCUACAAUUUAUCUAAUUGGUGUAUGCUGCGUCAUUUCGAUCUGAAAAACUAAACUGAACUUGAGAGAGAUUAUCUGAUGAAAUGUUUAUUCAAUGAAUUCAAAAUUACCAACACCAUACCCAAGUAAUGAAACUCUAAUAGGUAAAUGGUACAAUUAUACUGCCAAGGUCAUUCGAAAAUAUGACCCUCGUGUACGUGAAUUUGUACAUACAAAAUAAACAAAAUGCGUUCGAGCGAACAAAAUGCCCAUCAGAGAAGUCCGAAUGGCUGGAACACUCCCUUUGGAAAUGAUACCUUUAUAAAUAACGAUCAUUUUCGUAUUCGGAACAUAGAUUGUGGUUAACGUUGGUGCUACAAAACUAUUGCGCGUAUUUUUGCUACCAAUAUCAACUUUAUAGAAGGAGAAAAAUGGCCCAGAUUAAUACGUGCUGUUUAUUUUUGAUCAUCUCGAUGAUAUCUGGUGGUUAUUCAGCUUAUAUACCAUUACCUGUGUACACUUAUCAUCACGGCGAUGUUUCAUCUUACCCUUCGCCUCAUCAUACGCCGGCCAUUACUUCUACAUCUUCGAAUAUUCUAAGAACACCCGGUAAUCUGGGCCAAAUUUCUACCUAUCAUAAAAGCAUAGAUACGCCAUUCUCGAGCGUGAGAAAAUCCGACGUUAGGGUGAGUAACGAUGCCUUGACGUAUGCAACCUAUCCAGCUUCUGGAGCUCUUCAUGUCGCCUCUCCUGUACAUCUCCCUGCUCAUCCUGUGCAUGCUGUUCAUGCACCGGUAGCAAUAGCGUAUUCGGCAGCUCCGGCCGUUGCUCAUUUAACUUUUGAUGGAUUUGGAACUCAUUAUGCUUGGUAAUUUUUUAGAUAUUUGUGUACGUGAUUGGCUGACGAUAUUUGAUAUUAAUUUAUUUGAUCGUGAUGUUUAAUGAAUAAAUUUUUUUAA